UUAAGCUCAUUCUGUGACACACAUCAAAUGAAAUGGCAGCGGUUUUCCUCGUGACGCUGUAUGAGUACUCCCCGUUGUUUUACAUCAGUGUGGUCUCUCUGUGUUUCGUCGUUACCGCCGCCAUGGUGCUCGGCUGGUUUGGCUUCGAUGUCCCGGUGAUCCUUCGUAGCUCCGAUGAGACAGAGUCCCUCCUACCAACACCUGAGAAGCAAAUGGUCCAGACGACCAAUCCCUUCAGCAUGCGGAUGGGUUCAGGGCCGGCGUCUGUCACUGACGGUGUGACGGUGAAGCCCUGCUGUCUGGAGCCCUGUGUCCUGAGCUGUUUCUGGGGCUGUGAGGUCAGCGCCCUGCAGGGGGCGCUGCAGGCCCACCAGCACGGCCUGUUGCUCAGCACCCCCCAGCACUUCCAGGAGGCCCUGCACCUCCGUUACCACCACUGCCAGAGCUUCCAUGUGGACAGUGAAGACUCGCUGGACCUCCACACACAGAUUCCUGCUGAGCAGGGGGUCACCGACUUUGGGCCGUUGCCGCGGGAUCGCUACCCUCUCGUGGCGGUGCUGACGCUGGCAGAGCCGGAUGCCAGAGAGACGUACAACAUCGUGGCCAAUGUGACAGUUCUUCAUGUCCCUGAUGACAAGUACCGCCUCUCUGCCCGCACUCUCUUCCAGUACCUUCUCACCUCCACAGGGAACAUGUACGAGUUAAAGCCUCUCUUCAUGUCAGCUGACAGCAGGGGGGCCUCUGAGCCUCCUGAGUCAGAGCAGAGUGUCCAGCCCAGUGAAGCCGAGGCCGAGGCCAGCAAAGCAGAACAGAGUCCAGGUCUGGAGGAGCAGGAGCAGGAGGAGGAGGAGGACUGGUCUGAGGGGCAGGGCAGAGACUGUGUGGUGUGUCAGAACGCAGCAGUGAACAGGGUGCUGCUGCCCUGCAGACAUGCAUGUGUGUGUGACAGCUGCGUGUCACACUUCCAGCACUGCCCCAUCUGCAGGGCCUUCGUCCAGGAGUCCUUCAGCCUGCACCCGGGUCCGGGACCCGCUGCACCACACUGACUUCACACACAACAAGCCAAUGCUGUUUAAGAGACAUCAUGCAGCAAGAUGCACAGUCAUCCCUGCAGCUUUCCUGACACAUCUUCAUCUUUUUCUCCGUCUGCAAACAGAUAAAUCCAUCAGGCUGUGUGCAGCAUUAAGCACUCAGCAAAACAUGAGAAAUGUCUAUAUUUAAAAAAAAAAAAAAAAAAAAAAAAGGGGACAUCCUGUGGAAGCCCUGAGAGAAAAGGCAAAGAAAUUGCAGGCAAUGUUUUUUUUUUCUCAAUAUUGUUAUUGAAGUUUCAACUGUACAUCAAAACAUGCACAUUAUUGUUUUAUUACUAAUGUAUAUUUGAUUGAUUUUGUAUGUUGUGUUUUGUUUGUGUGGACCCCAGGAAGAAUAGUUGCUACAGUAACAACUAAUGAGGAUCCAAUGUAAAUAAAUAAAUCAAUGUACAGAUAUACAUCUGUCACACACUCCGACAGACAGAAAAUACAAUGAACAAUGACAAUAACAAUAAUCAUAUAAUAACAGAAAAUAACAUUAUAACAGAAUACAAAUAGACCAAAACACAUACAUAAAUUAUUAGAUUAAAAAUACUAAUACGUAAAAUAAUAAUAAUACAAUUAGCAUCAGUGUGAGAUCACACAGGAAGAGAAGAAACUGUUUGCAUAUUUGUAAAUAAUGCAGAUGUAGAUGAUGUUUUAUGUGCAUAUUAUUUAUAUUUCCUGAAGUCUGUGAAUGUUUUAGGUGAUAAUUUGACCUCUUUAACAGUAUUUAUUGACCACAGACGACCAGCUCCUCAGCUUUAUUCUGACUCUGUAACUGCAGAUGACUGAGCUCAUUAAAAAGUGAUGAAUCAUUCAA